AAACGCGACGCUAUAAACAGCAGUUCCCGUUUCGAGUUCCACCAAGCAGCACAUAAAGAACCCACAAAGCAGCUGAAAAUUGAAUUUGAAUUCAUUGCGACAAUCUAAAUAAUUGAACAAAUAUGAAACUGCUCGUUGCAUUCGCUUUGAUUGCCAGCCUCGGCGCUCUGGCCCAGGCAGAGGAAGAGUAUUGCCACAACAGCGUAGCUACCGCCUGCUCUUCGUCGACCUUCUCUGCGCUCACGGGCUUUUUCACAGGCGAAACCAACUCCAUUUGCAAUGCCCGCUUCGCUGGCAUCGAGCACAUCGAGCCCGAGGUCCAGGCCUACAUUAACUCCCAGUUGACCAAGUCCUACGAGUACCUGCUCCUGGCCACCCACUUCAACUCGUACCAGAAGAACCGGCCCGGCUUCCAGAAGCUCUACCAGGGACUCUCGGACCGUUCCUUCGACGACAGCAUUGCUCUGAUCAAGCAGAUCACCAAGCGCGGCGGCAUCGUGGACUUCAACACCCGCCACGAGUCGGCCGCCUCCGUCAGCACCCAGCGUCCCACACUGGAGGUCGACGAGCUGCACUCACUGGCCCUGGCCCUUGAUAACGAGAAGCAGCUGGCCACGGGAGCCACCCACAUCCACACCCGUGCCAUCCAUGCCACCGAGCGCGAUCCCGAGAUGGCCCACUACAUGGAGGAGGAGUACCUGGGAAAGCAGGCAGAGUCCGUGCGCAAGCUCUCUGGCUACGCCAAUGAUCUCGCCAAGCUGAUGAAGGUGCCGGACCCAUCCCUGUCCGUCUAUCUGUUCGACGAGUAUCUGCAGAAGCAGUAAGAGGCGUUCCUGCUCCACACAAUCUACACUCAUCUUCCCUACUAAAUUCUACACUGCGAUGCCUUUCGAUCACCUUCAAAUUGAUUUGUUUCCCCCGUUCUAUCCACAAUAAAUCGCAGUGCACAGCAGCAGCAGAAACAACAGCA